AUGAGUGAUUCAACCUCCCACCACCUUACCUGGGAUAGCUCGGCAGAUGUGCUACAGGGAAUCAUGGGCACCCGGGUGACAUCCUUGCCAUCGCAUCUUGACGUGCAGUCGGACGGGAUGACAAUGUCGUCCGAUCUCGCCCUGGGAGACCCGGCUUCCUUCCUCGGUAUCCAGUUCGAUUCAGAGCCGGGGGUCCUGCCUCACAACCACGCAUCUAUCUUAAACCAGUGGCCCCCAUAUCACAAUCAGCCCACGUCGCCUUCUCAUCACUUCGAUUAUCCCCAGUAUCCUCAUGCGCGGUUCACCAACAAUCAAGAUGCUUGGAAUCCGCUGCAGGUAACAGGAGUUCCAGCCAACCCACCGGCCUUCCCCACCCGUCGUAUGAGUGAAUCGCAGCAGGCUAGUGUAUAUGACCGCAGAUAUUCCACCGGGCAGCACAGUACUCUUUCUGAGAACGAGAGCCACUACAACGGAAUCCAUCCAUCCGACUCAGGCUACGGAACUCACAGCUGCACCACACGCUCAGUGACCACAUCAUCCUACGCUUUAGAGCCCACCUGCAGCCCAUUCUUAGGGCCUCAUGAAUCCGAACCGGAGGAUAAGAUCGCGUCCUGGGACCUCAACGUUCCCCAGUACAACGAAACAUCUAUCGACAUCAGGGAUGGGACUGGGUCGCCGUCGUUUAUCUGUCACGAUGUUAUCAAGUGUGAUUAUCCGGGUUGUCCGUGGACGGGCAAAUGCCCCUCAGAUAAAAGAAAGCACGAAGCAAGGCAUCGAAAAUUGUUUAAGUGCGACGAGCCACACUGCACUCGAAAAGAAGGCUUUGGUACGAUCAACGAUCUGGCUCGGCACAAGAAAUGUGUCCACAAGCAAGAGCCCGAACGGGGCCCCAAAAUACUCUAUAUGUGUUUCGGACACGACUGUCCACGCAAGGACAAGAAAUGGCCCCGGUUGGACAAUUUUCGUCAACACCUUACGAGGAUGCAUAAUGAUGAAGAUACUGAAGAGUUACUGAAGAAAUCGCAAGAUUGGUAUGACACUUGCGUAAAGCCUCAGGAAAUGUCACCGUCCGUCGUCGAGCGUUUCUCAGAAAUGGUAUCUGCUCUGAAAGCACGUGAAGGACUCAACCCAGGCAUUGCCGCAGCUGAAAUUACACUGGACGACACCGGCUCGGUCGUGCCCGCCCCUCCUUUCGGUCCCUCGACCCCCCAAGGUGACCAAGGCUUCCGUACCAACCAUGGUCUCGACUAUAAUCGCACUUCGCGGCGAUCCACCUCUACAGAGUCGCUCACCGACUUCUCCACCGGGAAGACCACCCAAAUGGAUCCCAAGCCGGAAGAAGCGGCAUCGAUGUCGACCCAGCGUGGAAAUCCUAAUGAAAAAAUGGAGGAUAUGAUAGCGGAGGCGGCUGUCAAUAUGAUUAACGCCAUGACUAAAAUAAUGAACAGUAACCAACGAAGGAGAAGCCAGCAAGCCGAGGAUGUAGAUGAAAUGAUUGCCCCGAGUGCUGAGUUGUCCGACCGAAAACGAGAAGUAUUACAGAAAAUCCUGUCUGCGGCAUUGGAUCAACUGUCGGGCACCUCGGACAACACUCAGGCUAGCCCCCACACGACUCUCGAUGGUGAACCAGACAAGAAAGGAUGGAUUCAGUGCGAGUUCUGCACGAAACAAACGCGCUUGCGCUGUGAAAUGAAAAAACAUAAAAAGCGUCACGAACGGCCGUACGGGUGCACGUUUCACAAAUGCAACAAGACAUUCGGUAGCAAAGCCGACUGGAAGCGCCACGAGAACUCCCAACAUUUUCAUUUACAGAGUUGGCGUUGUACACUGCAGGAUGCCACGCAAAGCGGCUUACAGUGCGCUCGCUUAUUCUAUCGGCAGGAGGUAUACGUCCAGCACUUGAAGAGGUACCAUCACGCAGGCGAGGAAGAAGUGCGAGCGGCAAUCUGCAAAAACCGCAUCGGACGGAAUGGGCAAUCGCAAUUCUGGUGCGGUUUCUGCCGGAAUAUCGUCCCACUCAAGAGCCAGGGCCUUGCAGCUUGGAAUGAACGUUUUAACCACAUCGAUAUGGAACACUUCAAGAAGGGCGAAAGGAUUGGUGAUUGGUUACUCCCAUCUGGACAUUUGACCAAGGACCGAGAGCGAGAAGAAGAGAAGGCAAGAGCCAUGACGGAUACAAAUGAAGGCGACAGCGAGCCGGCGGUAGAAGACAACAGUGACGACGACUCUGAGAGCAGUAUCUACCAUUCAGACAGCGAUGGCUUGCAAGACGAAGUGGCUGUAGUGAAACAACAACAUAUUCCGAGGUUCCCAUUUCAACAGUUCGAGGACUGUCUUCCAGACAGGUCGUCAUCUAUCACGCUCUAUCCUUCAACAGGGCCGACGAAUUUGCGGAAGCGGAAGAUUUCCACCCCCCAGCCAGCCCUAGAACUCUACUAUGACGUGGGGGACCAGAGUUUGAAUAUAGAGAAGAGAUCCAAAACCAGGAUCUCGCCAUGCAGCGGACAGCCUUAG